AAUCCCUAGCCACUGCGCCACCCGGGAGGCCCCCAAUUUGGCAUAUUUUAAAACUGUCUUCUCAUUCAGGUACAAAGUACUGAAUGCCAGUGUCAUCCCUGAGGGCCAGUUCAUGGACAACAAGAAGGCUUCUGAGAAGCUGCUUGGGUCCAUUGAUGUGAAUCAUGAGGAUUACAAGUUUGGACACACCAAGGUGUUCUUCAAAGCCGGUCUGCUGGGUGUCCUGGAGGAGAUGAGAGAUGAGAAGCUGGCCACUCUGGUCGGCAUGGUCCAGGCUCUCAGCCGUGGAUUCCUCAUGAGGAGAGAGUUCACCAAGAUGAUGGAGAGGAGAGAGUCUAUCUUCGCCAUCCAGUACAACAUCCGCUCAUUCAUGAAUGUCAAAACCUGGCCAUGGAUGAAGUUGUACUUCAAGAUCAAGCCCCUGCUGCAGAGCGCUGAGACUGAGAAGGAGCUGGCCAACAUGAAGGAGAACUAUGAGAAGAUGAAGACAGAUCUGGCCAAGGCUCUGUCCACAAAGAAGCAAAUGGAGGAGAAGUUGGUGGCCCUGACACAGGAGAAGAACGACCUGGCGCUCCAAGUCGCAUCUGAAGGAGAGAGUCUGAACGAUGCUGAGGAAAGGUGUGAGGGGCUCAUCAAGAGCAAGAUCCAGCAGGAGGCCAAACUCAAAGAGACGACCGAGAGGCUGGAGGAUGAGGAGGAGAUCAAUGCUGAGUUGACUGCCAAGAAGAGGAAGCUGGAGGAUGAGUGCUCUGAGCUGAAGAAGGACAUUGAUGACCUGGAGCUCACCCUGGCCAAAGUGGAGAAGGAGAAGCACGCCACUGAAAACAAGGUUAAAAACCUGACAGAGGAGAUGGCGUCUAUGGAUGAGAGUGUUGCCAAGCUGACCAAGGAGAAGAAAGCCCUCCAAGAGGCCCACCAGCAGACACUGGAUGACCUGCAGGCAGAGGAGGACAAAGUCAACACUCUGACCAAGGCCAAGACCAAGCUGGAACAGCAAGUGGACGACCUUGAGGGUUCUCUGGAGCAAGAGAAGAAGCUCCGUAUGGACCUUGAGAGAUCCAAGAGAAAGCUGGAGGGAGAUCUGAAACUGGCCCAGGAGUCCAUAAUGGACCUGGAGAAUGACAAGCAGCAAGCUGAUGAGAAAAUCAAGAAGUAAACACAAACAAAUGACUACAGUAUUA